AUGGCGGGAGUAGCGGGAGCUAGGUGGUGGCCAGGAGGAGGAGGAGGAGGAGGAGGAGGCGGAGGAGGAGGAGGAGGAGGAGGAGGACAGGAGCAAGGGAAGGCAUACGACAAGGAGGAUAUGAUGAUGAGGUCUGAGAUCAGGUUGGUUCGCGGGUCGGAAGGUGAAGGAGGGCUGAUGGCGAAUGGGAGUGGAGGAUCGGGCAAGAGCGCAUGGGGGCGCAGAGAGGAAGAGAGAUGGCGGGUUGUAGGACUGGAGCCGAGCGAGGGAACGAAGGCAGCGUAUGAUGCAGCUGCGGACUGGAAGAGGGAGGAGGAGAGCAGGAAGCGGGAGGGCAUGUCGACCGCCCUUAGGUUCCCUUCCAGUCGUGUCGGAUUGUGGGACUCGGAGCCGAGAGGGCUUCCAGUGCAUGUGACGCAAGUAGCAGCGAUCCCUUCCUUGAGCCUGAGCCCAGCGCUGCUGACGAGCUUGACCGUCUCCCAUGCCAGCGGCAGGGUUGCAGUCAAGGGCAUGGCGCGGGAGGUGGACCACCAACUGGAGGUGCCAGGGAGUCUGACGAGGAGCAGCGUGCAAUGGCAUUGCGACAAGGUCGAGCCAGACACGGAGAGAUCCUGCGAUGGAGAGGAGGAGGAGGAAGGAAGAAAGAAGGAGGAGAUCAGCAUCCCUGUGAUGUUCUCGGACGAUGACAGGUGGGAUCAGCAAGAGAAUGUCCCUUCUGCUUCCUACAAGGAGGAGGUGGUCGGGGGUAUCAGGAAGAGACUGUACUCAUUCAGCCCUCUGAGAGCAAGCAAGUUCGCCAACGUCUUCAUGCACAGCAGGGUGUCACAUGAUGGCAACUUGCACUUGACAUGUUUCGGAUGUUUCCCUUGUGAUUCCUUCACACUGACACCUCUGAAGCUCCUCAAGGUGAUCCCGACCUCUCUCUCUCAGUCUCUCUACCACAGAGAGAGUGAGUUCACCCAGCCGUCGACAGGCUUCCUCUCGCUCGACCAGACAAGGAGGAUCCUGCUGAUACACGAGAACGACCUCAAGUGCCGUCACGUUCCUCUCGUCGGCGUCUGGAUCAGCGGCGUUACCACUCUGAGCGACGCCUACGUCUGGUCUGCCUUGCUGCGCUACGUGCACGUGCGGGGCAUGGGGGAGAAGGUCUUCAACCAGGGAGACGCGUUCCUCUGCCUCUUCUAUCAUCGCUCUGCUCUCUGUCAGCCGCCGGCCCUGCUACAAGUCAAGGUUCACAGCGGGCAAGGCAUGUUCGCUCACUUCUCCUCCAAGUCUGUUGUGGUCAACGUGGAGCAUCUUCCCCCCAGCCCAGCCCUGAUCGACUUUGACACCCUCCAUGCUGAUUACUCCUACGAUCCUGACAGCAGCAAGGAGGCGCGGCGAGGAGCAGGAUGGUCCAAGGGAGCGGCGCAGGUGGCCAUGGACGACAGAUCAAGCUCGUUGGUUGACAGUGAGAGGGGCUCUAAGGAAGAGCCUGCUGCAGGCAGACCCAAUCUCAACGACAUGUCAGGCAUGAGCGUCAGCGAGGCCUUCGAUCAGCCGCGCACCUCCGUCCCGCAACCAUCUCCCAUGGGAGGUCGAACGGUGAUGCCCUCAAUGCAUGGAGAUGUCGAGGGAGGAAAACCCUUGCCCUCCCCCGGCGACGAGGGAGCGAGAGGGAGCGAGAGCUCGUACGAAGUCCCUGGCAAGUACCUUGAGCCUCUUCCUACGCAUCCUGGUCAGGUUUCGAACUUCCUCCUCUCUGCCAGCAUCCGCCCUGUCCGCACUCGAGCCCGAGCGCAGGAAGCGGAGGAGAGUGUGAGCAAAGGGCAGGAGGUGAGAGGACCGCAGCAGCUGGAGGAUUCCUACCUUCACAAGAAGAUACAAGAGCAGGAGAUGCAGAUCAGGCAGCUCGCACUGACCCUCCAGGAGCUUGGCGGGAGGGUUCACAAGGCUCAGGUUUGCUCAGUGGGAACUCAACUUGAUCCGGACAACAACAAGAGCUUCUUUGUAUCGCCCACGAGACCCCACGAGAGGAAGAAGGCCAGUAAGGCGAUCGAGACGUCACAGGUUGAGGCUGCCGAGCCGGAGGGAGGAAGAAAGCCCAGCAACCGGAUCUUUCCUGAGGAGGCUGAGAUCCUGCACGUGGAGGAGGAGGCUGUAAGCUCGCACGUGAAGAAGUCUCUCUCCGCCACUUUCCCCUGCCCCGACCAAGACUACGACAGAAAUUCCAUCGUCUUCCUCCUCAGCCGCGAAGAGCAACACGCAAACAGAGUCGACGAGGCCUCGAGGCCUCCAACCACCAGCGACGGGAGCACGACGGAAAGCCUAAAAGAGAAAAGCGUCUUGCAACUUGAGGAUGAAACUGUUCAUCUUGACACAAGACCUGAGGAGAGUAGUCAAGCAGAAGCUCGCACUGUCGAUUCUCUCAGAGACUCUCCGCAGGAGGGGACAGGCCUUGUGCAAGGGCAGGCCACCAAGGCUCCAGUAGAGGUAGACGAUGAUAAAGAGAUCGAGGAUGUUGGAGGAGCGACGAGCGAUGGGGAUGACAGCUUCGACGAGAUCGAUCUCAAGUACCUGAACGCGUCCUUGAUAGCCAAGAUAAGGUCAGGUGCAGAAGUUACAAUCAACGGCAAGAAAAUAUGA